AUUACUAAGCAUUCACAUGUUCUGAGUCGAACAACAUAACACCAAGAUGAAAUGUGUAUUUGUUUUUGUCUUUUUCAUUGUUUGUGCUGAAGCAGUGACAACUCAUCAAGCUAAAAAUGAACGUCAAUGCAAGGCUGGAGGUGGACAAUGUAAACAAACGUGUGCUGUAGAUGAAGAAGACACAGGUCGAUGUUGUCGCCACAGUUAUAGAUGUUGCCAACCAACUCCUUGUGAUGAUACACGUCAGUAUACCCUAUGUAAUAAUAUUAACGGAUUGAGUAAACCGGUGUGUGUAAAUGAAGAAGAUACAGGCAUAGGCCCUUUUUUCAAUAAUAACAGAUGCUGUGCAUGUCAUAGUAUGUAA